UCUUCGUUGGGGGCGUGGACAUCAUGCAAGACUUGCUGGCGGACGAAGAAAACCAGAGCCGACGGACGUUCUGCCAGAUGCCGUUCAGCUCGAUCUACGAGAACGCGGAGAAGGGACAGACGUCAGUCUCCAACCUGCUCGCGUUUAUCAAGAAGAAAAACACCGCCGAACGAAAGUGUGCGGAUGCUGUUCUGUCGAGUCUCAGCGACGUUGGUGAGUUGCGCGAGUUUGAAGAACCAGGAACAUCCAUAAAAGGGGUGCUCGAUCAAUGGCAUAUGUAUUUGCACACACUCAACACCCAGCAACUCACGUGGACACAAGUCGUCGACGAGCAUGUUGCACGACCUCUCGAAUCCCUCAAAGAUGCGUCUACGACGUACAUGCAAACGCUGCAAGCAGAGCUCGCGCGGGUCAACGACGAAUACUCUGCUGCGGAAGAGCAACAGUGCAAGGCAAAGGUAGUCGUUGAUUGUGCACGACGGGACCUUGAAGAAGCGAUUAGUCGCCAGGACGACGCGCUACAUGAAAUUGGAGUCCCGUCCUUCGAGCUCCAACGACUGGCAUUCCGCGUCAAGUCCGCCGAACUCGAGCUCUCCCGGGCGUUAGCCGAGAGGGAACAGACCAAGCAACAUUUGCUCAAGACGAUAAUUGCACGGGAUGAAAUGACUAUGGCCGUUAGUGUGGCCUACCAGCGCGCGGAAGAGGAACGGAUGGACCAGCUCGGGUCGUGCUUGAAGCUGUGGAUGCAUGUCGAGAAGGAACAUAUCAAGUUCAGAGAGAAACAACUCCAGCAGCUGGAAGAACACGUCGUGCGCAUGGACCGCGCGGGAGACCUCCAGCUCCUCAUUCAUAACCAUCGGCACCCGGACAACUUGCACUUUCAGGGAAAAGCGCUGUCAUUACUCGAUUGGCAGUGGCAAAAUCAAAACCAACAGUCGCCUCCUGGGUCCCUCAACAGCCUUCAAGUGCCUUCUGCGGACAAAUGGCAGGUGUCGCAUGCCGACGCGAACGCCGACGAGAACGCCCCAUCCUGCCAUGACAAGUCCUUGCAGCAUCUCGAAGCUGUCCUGUCUUCUCAUUUCGACGACCACAUUGAUUUGGACGAUGCCAGCAAUCCAGCCACGCGCGAAUUCGUUGCGGCCAGUUGCAAUUCGUCCGAGUCGCGACAACUCUUUGUGCAAACGCUAAAUCGACAACGCAGCAUCGCGACGAAAGUGUCGAGCCCGAUCAAGUUUCGGCGGCUGGUGCAGUGUUUUCUUGCGUUUUUCGACGCGUGUGUGCUUCACGAUGAUACGAAGGCAGCCAAGACUGCCAUGAUGCUGUCGGCGACGUUUUACACAAUCCCCCCACACGACCGCACCAAUCUCGACGACGCGCCAAGCGCUGAUCCACGGCACAUUCGACGAUAUGUCCAGGAAGAUGUGAAGGUUCAUGUGAUCUGGAGCAACCCCAAUUUUUGGGAGAAAGCAUUAAUGCUGGCAAUUGGCGAGGAGCUGCACAAGACCCCGCGGCGAUGCCCGUGGGAGGAUCUACCAACAAAUGUCCCGCGCAGCGAUGGUGUACUCAGCCGCGAAGAAGCCGUGAGUUUGGUCCACAACAUCGUGUUUGGGCAAUUGGGGUCGUUUACGCUCAGCAUGCUCGAGUUUGACGUCCCGAUCACACAAAUCCGGCAUUUCGUUGAAACCAUGUGCGACGCCCAUGAGCUCACGGAGGAGCAGCGGUUCCUACUGCGGGCCAACUUGCGGGAAAUAGCCAUCAAACUCGGCUACACGACGCAUCCACCACAAUCAAAUUGACUGUUUUACUGUUGACAUUGUGCUGGCUGGAACGAGACUGGCAUGGUCGGACCUGUGCGUGUAUCUGGGCAUUGACGUCUCAACCCAGGAGCUCCGUCAGUAACACCUGUGGAGACAGACCUGCCGACCCUUGAAAAGACUGUGAAGAAACUCUACUUGUGCUAUAAACGCCCUACUUUAUACGUUGUGUGCGUCUGGUGUGCAGGUGCAUUAUGACAGAGUGAAAUUUACUCGAGAGAAGGUGGCCAAAUGACCAAAUAUCAGCGACUCGUGUUGGUGUGGAGGUCAGCGAUGAGAUACGUUGCGAUGGCUUUCACCCGGACAGCGAUCG